AUGUCAAACACCACCAUCAUGUUCAACAACAGCACAACACUCCCACCACCGCCUUUUCCUCGGUUUCCUGAUUUUCUGAGCGUGACGGAGUUCUCAGAGUUUAAGCGCUCGAUAUUUAACUUCGUUGUUCUGGGUAUCACUGUUGCAACAGGUGUAGCAAUCGUCGGCCUGAUCUGGGCAGUCUCUCGCAAACUUGACAAUCCCCGUACUUUCUAUGGAGUACCAGAGGGAGAAGUCUCCAAGCCCGUCAAGAGCUACAGAAGGACACUCACUUGCAACAUCUUGGUCCUCGGAGGCUUGCAGUUGUCCUUCAUGUUCUGCUCUUCAGCGAUCCGUUCCUUGAAACGUAAAGAGGGAAACAUCACGCCCGGAGCCCCUCAGGCCUUCAUGUGCUACAUAGUACUAUUCAUCACCAUUAUCACUCAGGCCUUGAACUUGUGGAGGGUAUACAAGAGGUAUGAGCCUCCCAUGGAUGAGGCUAUCGAACUCGGCAACUAUGCCCCCGCAGAUGCCCAAGAACACAGAGUCGAGCCCGCGGAUGCCCAAGAGUGCAGAGUCGAGCAAGAGGUCAACCCUGCGCCGCCUUACGCGGCCUAUAUCAACAGACCUCUGUAG